GCCAGAUGCAAACGAGGACACUGAGAUGCUGAUUACCCAUGCACAAUGGGCGGACAAGGUCGUCACCGAGAUGGCCCCCCAUCUGCCCAAGAUUUUGCCGUGGUUCUUGCUUGCUCUCUUACUCCUGUGGCAUACCUGCGGGAACAAGAAGCGCAAGACCCGCAAACUCGCCGCGAAGUCCCCGGACUCUUCACCACCGGAGUCUUGUGACGAGCCCCCCUUGCCGCCUCCGGCAUCGCCGCCGGGCGAGCUGAAGGAGGAUCGGCAGUCAGCACCUGCCAAAAAAACGGAUGCAGACACAGGCUCAAAGGAGGUGAAGACAGCAGAGCCGGUCAAGGAGCUGCCGGGGGACGACAAAGUGGUCUCUACACCGGUGGAGGCUCCGGGACCUCCUGACAAAGAUGACAACAGGUCCAAGGAGAACAAGGAAGCUGCUCAGCCACGCACGGACGCGGCCCCUGCGGUGAGUGCCUUCAAGGAGUUCCAUGGAGAACUCAAGAGUGGUUUGGAGAUUUUCUUCGGACCGCUGAGGGACAAGUUGUUACCGAAAAAUGGAGUUGAUGAGGAGCUGAUUGAGAGUUGA